AUGAAGUUUCAGAAAUUGGAAGACGAUUAAACAUUAAAAGAUCAAUAGAAUCUAAAAUAAAAGAAGGAAUUAUUAAAAUAAGAAUUUGAACAUUUGGAAGAAAUAAAAAAAUAUGAUAAUUUAUCAAUUGUUUCAAGCAAUGAUUUUAAGUUUAAAGCAGAAUUAGAUAAACUGUUAGAAAUGAAUAGAAGUAAAAAUAAAGAAUUAAGUUUAUUAUUGAAACCUUAAACAUUUUAACCAUCUAAAUCUUAAAUGGGAGGUUCAUAAAUGUAAACAAUAUCUGGGACUUAUGGUUAGAUUAGAUCUAUUAAUAAUCAUCAUUCAGAUCCCUUAUUUGUAACAUUUACAUAGAGCAUUUAUACUAAAGAUACAGAUAGCAAUGAAUAAUACAUAGAGUAAUUAAAAGUCUAAGAAGAACGAUAUAACGAUUUAAUUUUAGAAGAAUCUGAAAAAAGAGAUUCUCUAGAGUAAUAAUUAAUUCAAAUAGAAAAAUCUAAAUUAAUCUUACAAUAAAAAGUAGAAUAAUAUUAAAUGUUAACAAGAAUGUCAAAUAAGAGAUUUUCUAAUACUUAAUCUUUAUAAUUUUUAGCAGAAUAAAAAAAGGAAACUAGUAAAGUAAAUUUGAGAUCAAUUAAAGAUGAAUUUGAAUAAAUGAAGAAAAUGCAAGACACAUAUAAAAAAUAAUAAAAAGAAAAAUAAUCAAAUUUAUAAAAGGUUAUUUAUGUAGGAGAAGAGAAUAUUGGACAUAAUGCAAUUAAAAUAGAACAUGCUUUAUAAAUGAAUACUGAAUGUGUUAGAUAAAUAGAAAAAUUAGAAAUUGAAAAAUAAAAGAAAAUUGAAAAAAAAUUAGAAAGUCGUUAUAUAUUAACAUAUAUUGAAUGUUUUGAAAAUUUUGAAAGAAUUUUUAUGUAACCAACAGGUGUUCAAAAUGCUUAUAGAUUAGUUGAUGAAUUUUAAGUAGAUGAAGAAUAAUUACGUAAAUAUUCAUAAUAAUAAAUUUAAUUUGAUUAAUCAGCUAAUGUAUAAAGUGAAGAAGAUUUUGAUCGUAAUGAAUUAUUAUCAUAAAUAACUAAAUUUUAUUAAUAAGGUGAAAAUAGAACAAAAUAUAUUUUAAAUUUCAUGUUAGAAUAAUAUUGGCAUUUAUAAUCAACCUUAAAUAAAAGUAGUUUAGAAUAUGAAAAUUUAUUAAAAUAAAAAAAAGUGUUAUUAGAUGUUAUUGAAAAUUUAGAAUGGGAAAUUAAUGAAUUAAAAUAAAAAAAUCCAAAUUUGGAAGUACAUGAAUAUUCAUCUGUUGCAGAAGAUGCUGGAUUAUUAGAAGUUAAAGAAUAAAUGACAACAUUAAAUAUUAAAAAAAUGGAAAUGGAAGAUCAUUCAGAUAAUGUUUUAUAUUAAAAAGCUGCAAAAGCAUAAGGAUUGUUAAUGAAAUUUUAAUUGGGAUUAGCAGAAUUUGUGCAUAGAGUCUUUUAAAUUAUAUCACUUAUAGAUAAUAAGAAUAAAGAAAUUAAAAAGUUUAAAUAUACAGGUUUAUCAAGUGAAAUAUUGAAUUUUGAAAAAUAUUUAGCAAAAGUAUAUCAUUCAAAUGAAAAGAAAUUUUAAAUUACUAAUAAUUCUGAAUAAAUGGAUGUUUAACCAUUACAUUUAAAUUUAUUUUAAAUUUCCAAUAUCAUUUCAUAAAUAUUAAAUAUCAAUUAAAAUAUUGUUGAAGAAAUUAGUUCCUAUUUCUUUAUAUAAUGUAAGACUGAUUAAAUUUUAUGGUUUCAUUUAACAUAAGAUAAUUUCACUUAAUUUAUAAGCUAAUUUAAAUCAUUUGAUUCUAUUCUAAUAUAAAAGGAACUAUAAUCUCCAAAAGUCAUUAAUUAAUUUAGAGAAUAAUUAAUAGACAUUUUUACUAAUAAUUUCAAGGAAUUAUUCACUUUUUUUACAAAUAUGUAUAGUAAAGUUAAAGAUAUAGCAGAGGAUUUAUUAAUUCAUUUGAAAGAAAAUAAUCCUAAGUUUGAUUUUAAUAAAUUAAAUAGAAAUCUAGCAAAAGAAGGUUAAGAUAUUAAAUAAGCAAAAUAAUUAAUUAUAAAAAGAAUGAUUGAAUAUAAGACUGGAGAUAAUUACUCAUUAAGAAAAGAAAAUUCAAUGUAAGCUCUUAAGAAUACUAAAACUAAAAUUGAAGAUGAUUAAGUUAUUGAAUAAGUUUAAACUAAAUUAUAAUAAGAUUAUUAAAAUUCAAAAGAUUUAUUUCCAUUAAAAGAAGAAUUUGAUGAAUCAUAAUUAACUUAAAUUAAAAGCUUUUUUAGAUAAAAAAUUAAAGAAAAAAAUGAAGAAAAGAAAGAAUGUAAAACUGAUUAAAAUUCAACAAAAGAUUAAAUUACAAUUAUUAAAGAUUAAUAAGACUUUUAAUAGAAAAAAAAAAUAUAAGAAAAAAAUGAAAAUAAAUAUGAUAAAGGAAGAAAUAAAAAAAAUUAAGAAAUUAAACCAUAAAAAUAAGUUAUAAGAGAUGAAUUAGAAUAAGAAAGAGAAUUAAUGAAAGCUUAAAUUGCUUCUAAUGUUUAGAAAAUGUAAGAAGAAAAAGAAAGAAAAGAAAAGCCUGAAUUUAAAGAAUAAUAAAAUGAAAGAAAAACAUAAAUAAAAGAAUCAACUGAAAGACUCUAUGGAGAAAGAGGAUAUACUGUAUAAUUGAUUAGAAAUAUGGCUUUGACAUCAAAUAUUUUGAGUGAUAUAGAUUAAUUAGAACAUUUUCAAACUAAAAUUGAAUAACCAUAAUUAGUAAGUACUUUUGUUAUGUAAAGGAAAAAUUUGCAUAAAAAUUUAACUAAAGAUUUAACAUUACCAUAAUUAUCUUACUUAAAACCAACAAGUGCAUAUAUAGCAAGAAGGAAUUAAUCAUCUGAAUAAAUUAAGGCUAUGGAUUAUAAAAGAUAUUAUGAAAUAGAAAAUGGUGUCAGUAUAAGACCAUAAACACAAUAAUUAGCAAGGAAGUCUAUUUCUAAAUAAAAAACUAAUACUUUUAACACAGAGGAAUAUAAGAAGAAGUACUCAGAGAAGAAUUUAAAGAAUUAUAAUAGUGACAUCAAAUCUAACUAAAUGCCUCAACCUAUAGCAGAAUUUCCAACAAAUAAUGGUCCUUAGUCAUGUUUAAUCCCUUAAAUGUAUUGAUUC